AAUUAUACACACUUUGUAAAUGCCGAUGGUAUCUUCUUUAACAUUAAGUUUAUUUAAGUGAAAAUUAUUUUUGCUAAAAAGAAAUCAGCAGUUCCUAGUAUUGCGAAUAAUGAUAUCAUUAACUUCUAUUGUCAUUCUUUUUUUCACUGAAGCUGUAGUGCCAGUAGAAAAGAAACCAAGAAGAAUGAAUGCUGCUGCUGCUUCACCAAAACUAUCUACUUGUCAGUGGGUUUUCGGUAAUGGAACCAUUGCCUCAAUGCCAAAAAAAUGGACUCCAGUCUAUGCUCUUUCUUCACAAUCUUCAACCUCAUCAUCUAGUCAAACAUCAUCAUAAAUCUUUUCCCUUUUACCAAAUUAUCUCCAGAUGUGUUCUACCACAUUUUUUCCCGUCCUCCAUUUAUUUUCAUUUUUCAACUUUCCUUUCUUUUCUCAUUGCCAGCUGCUUCUCUGUUUCUUCAUCACGAACAUGUUUUUGUCACUUAUCACUUAUCACCCUGUCUGAUUAUCAAUCAAGGCUCUAAAGUCUCUUUAAAUUGCUCAAUAUCUUGUGGUCUGAUGCUGAGUUUCAUUUUUUAGCGACCUCGGUUUUGGAUCCAAUUGUUUUCAAAAUAAAUU